AUGGCAAACAACAUCACCAAUCAAGAUAACGAAAUGGACGUAAUCAUCAUCCCACAGGACCAAAAGGAACACGAGUUAAUAAUCAUUAGCGAUACUGAAAGUGAGAAAAGCCAGCAAGAAAACGGAGAAAAAGAUAGUGCUAAAAGUGCGGAUGUAAACAGGCAAAUAGUGAAAAACGCAGAAUGGAUCGGAAUCAAAACCGAAAAGAACGAUUUUUCUGAGCUAGAGAGGAAAAAUAAAGACAGCAGUGAAUCGAGUGACGACGACACCAAGGAGAUAAAUGCAUAUAGUGAAAUAGAACCCGACAUGGAAAGUGCCUACAGUAACGAAUAUAUAUUGGAAAAUAACAGUGACACCGGCUUCCAAUAUGUCCCACCCCACGGUGCCGAAUUAGAAAAUAACAGUGACACCGACAUACAAUGUGAGCCGCCCCAAAAACGGAGCAGGCCGAAUGACGAACAAAGGGAAAAGAAAGCCUGCGAAAACUGUCGGAUGAAAACGAUAGCACCACUUUCAACGGAGCGAGCGGAAAAAAUUCAGCUGCAUCGACAGGCCACAAUUGACCUAGAAGCCGGAAAACUUAAUGAUGGAAGCUUAUCCAUGAUGGAAGCUCCAGUACCAACUAUAAGGAGGUGCAUCCAAAGCAAAUUAGAAUCGCUAGGAUGUUGGCCAAGGCAAAAAAUGGCUAUAUUCCUCGAUAAACGAUACGACGAAGGACGUACCCUACUUCACACCAGUAUAGAAAGGAACAGGUACGACAUAACGGAUGCCUUACUUUCCUACGGAGCGAAUCCCGAGAUAAUGUAUCAAGGGAACACAAUCGGACAUUGGGCAGCAACCAACAACGAUUUAUUCUUGAUAAGAAUACUAAAACACAACUGCGAAUUCACAAAUCGCAAUAAAGACGGAGAAACCCCACUGAUAACGGCAAUAUCACACAAAAAUGAAGAAUGCGCAAGACUAAUUUGUACCCCAACAAACAUCAAGAUAGCAACAAACGAGGGCAAAACCGCCUUACACUACCUCGCCAGGUACGGUCUCGAAGACUUGGCAACGCAAAUCUGCACAAAAAGAAUAAUCGACGUCAACCAACAAGACGAAACGGGCACAACCGCCCUACACGAUGCAGUGAGAUACAAACAAUCAGACAUGAUCGAGUUACUGCUUCUACACGGAGCAGAUACAAAAAUAAAAGACAACCGUGGACAUACGGCUAUGUCAAACAAUGAAAGCACAAACGCACUAUAA